GGCAGUCGCCUCCUCUUUCGCGGCCGAGGAAGGAGGCGGGGUUCAGUAUUUGGCAGCUCGGUGCCUGAAGGGGUGUGUGUGUGAGCGCGCUAGACGACUUGCAGGCGAGGGAAUCGUACAGCGGCUCGUUUCCACUUCUUCUAGCAUCUUCUGCGAUGACCCCGACGCGUCGUCCCCUGCACCCGCUGUGAGCAGCACGUCCACCUCCGUCGCCUUCACCCCCACCAGCAGCCAGCGGCCGCCGAAGGAAAAGCCGGAAACCGAUGCUUGUUGUCGUGCUGCGUUGCUGUUGGUUUUUGCCCUGUGUAGCUCGAAAAGGAAUCCUGCAAGAGGGAUUUGCAGUCCGUCAAUGAGGAACUACCGGCUCAUCUUUUGCCACAACCUGAAGCAGCCAUAGGUGAUUCACUGGUUCACUGGCCUGGGGAGGAGAGAAUAGGACACACUUUCACUGCUACACGACGUGAGGUCUUGGCGGGCUUGUGGUGAGGAGGAGGUGGAGACCAUGAGGAAGAGCGUGUCUCCGUUGCCAGGCAACGAGGGCGGGGGCUCCGCUGGCGCCACGCGGGUUUUUGGUGUCCCACUUGACGAGGUGACGCGCACGCACACACUCAGCGGCCACGAGGUUCCUGCGCUGGUGAAAGACAUCGUCGACUACAUAGAGGAACAUGGUCAUCUGGACUUCAAGGGUCUCUUCCUGGUUAACGGCAACGCGGAGCGCGUGGGUUGGCUGCGCCAGCGCUACGACAGCGGCGAGGAGGUGGAGCUGGACAAGGAGGCGGACCUGGCGUCUGCGGUCAGUCUGCUCCGACUCUUCCUGCAGGAGCUCCCCGAACCCGUUAUCCCAGCAGCCAUCCAGGGGCACAUACUACAACUGCAUCAAGCAGAAUAUAGCAGCGAGGAAGAGCUGUGCAGAAACCUGAAGUUCCUGCUGCAGCAGCUUCCACAGCUCAACUACGGCCUGCUGCGCUUCCUGUGCCGCUUCCUGGCUAGUGUGGCGUCGCUUCAGCAAGAGAGCUGGAACAUCGGAGCGCUUGCUGCCGUCUUUGGACCGGACAUCUUUCAUCUGUCAACAGAAGGCGAGGACCUUCGGGACCAGGAGUCCGUCAGCCGAGUGCUGGCAGAGCUGCUGGACAACCAGGAGGGCUUGUUUGACUCUGAGGACGACGACGUCUCCACCACCAACGACUACAGCUCCAUCAACGAACAGAUCACAGAGCUGUUGGACGACGACAAGUGCGAGGCGGAGUGCGAAGAGCUGCCUCAGGAUGGCGACGAGGGUCCUGCCUCCACAAACUCACCGCGACGCACACACACGGAUAAUCCUGCCGACAGUGCCCAUCUCUCCCCUGUGCCCAUGUUGCCUGCUGACUCUGCAGAGAUCAUUGAACGAACCAUCAGGGCUGCAGUGGAGCAGCAUUUCUUUGAGCUGAAGACCUGCAUUGACCAAGACCUCAAGGACUUUGACAACCAAGGGGAGCCAGCGAAUCCUGGUCGCCAUGGUGACCGAGAGCAAAAGAAAGACACACAGGAUGCAUUGGGGCUUUCAGCCACCCUGGAGGAGGGUUCUGGAAUGGAGCUGGACGCUCUCAGAGAUGAUGAGAACAACCUCAACACUGCCAGGCAGGACAAUCAGCUUUGUGACAACACAAGUUGUGACUCGUGCGACCAGAACGCCAACACCAGCCAAAUGGCAAACAAUGGUCACGCCCCCAACAUCCAACUCUUCCCCGACAGCCAAUGGGAUGCACCACAUCCUCCUCAUCUUCACCUCCCUCCCAUAGACUUCUCAUGUAUGCACCUGCAGAAGGAAGGCCAAGAUCCAGUUCCUGCCUUCAAGUCCUGGCAGGACGACAAUGAAAGCGGAGAGGCCGAGCUCUCCCCUCUGGCGGGUCGCAUGGUCCCCCUCCCUCUGCUGCCCCUAGAGGAAGAAGGGGAGGAGGACGAGGGCAGGCAGGACGCGUCCUCCCGCUCUCACCCGCACGUCCUGGCGCGGCGCUUCCUGGACUUCAGCGUGCACGGCGCCCAGCGCUUCCUCCAUCAGGACACGGACGCCACCUCGCCCACCAAAGCGCACAGGCCGAGGCGAGCGUCUUGCGGCUCCAAGGAGGCGAUGAGAGGAGGAGAUUCAGUGACUCACCAGCUUACCAAGAAGCUUCAGCACCUAAAGAAGAAGAUUAAACAGUUUGAGGAGCAGUUUGAGAAGGAGAAAAACUACAAGCCGUCUCACGGGGACAAGGCCGCCAACACCAAAGUCCUCAAGUGGAUGACCGACCUCACCAAGAUCCGCCGGCAGAUUAAAGGACGCCAGCACCAUCUUUUCCCCAGAAGCACGCUGAGACACCAGGCUUUGCUCCAUUCGCAAAGGCGCCACCAUGCCCCGCCCCCCUCCUUCCCCUCCCAUUGCGCACACGCCCCCCCGGCCCAUCCCCACUCGGGCCCGAGCUCGAGAGCGUGUCACCUCAACGCCAAACACCGCGCCGAGAGCGAGCUUGGCCCCCUGACCCGCCCUCGCAGCAACACGCUGCCAAAGAGCUUCGGCUCCACGCUGGACCAGGGAACGCACGAGGCAUCGGCGGGCGAGGGGAAAGGUCAGCAUCCCACUAGGGAGGAGACCCUGGACCUGAUCCAGCGCAGGGUGACGGGCAAGCGGCGGGAGGACGGCUGGCCCGACGACAUCAAGAUGACCAAAGAGCAGUUGUCAUGUGAGAAGACUGUCCUUCAGAAGAACCUGCUGCACUACGAAGGUCUGCACGGCCGACCGGCCACUCGUGAGGAGCGCCUGGUGGUGAAGCCUCUCUACGAGCGCUACCGGCUGGUCAAGCAGAUGCUGACCCGGGUCACCAUCACACCUGUCACUGUGUCACCGUCCAGCAAGAGGCGGAGCCAAACCCUCCAGCCAAUCAUCGAGGGCGAGACGGCCCACUUCUGGGAGGAGAUCCAAGAGGAGGAGAACGAGUGCAGAGGAGAGGGGGACAACGACAAGGGCAACAAGGAGGCGGAGAAAGAGGAGGAGGAAGAGGAUGAGGAGGAGGAGGAAGAGGAGGAAGAAGGAGAGAGCAGCGGCGGGGAGAUGCAAGGGUCAGAGGUCAUCAUGGCCAUGGACCCGCACACCCGCCCUGAAGGGAGCAGCAAGAUGGAGGAGGGGUCGGGGAAGCUGGCGCUCGACCUGCGACUAUCCACCUCCAACGCAUCGUCCAUGCCAGAGCUGCUGGAACAGCUGUGGAAAGCCCGGGCGGAGAAGAAGAAACUGAGGAAGACCAUUCGAGACUUUGAGGAGGAUUUCUACCAGCAUAAUGGCAGGAACGUCCAGAAGGAGGACCGCGAGCCCAUGUUGGACGAGUACAGAGCCUACAAGAGAGUCAAAGCCAAGCUCCGCCUCCUGGAGGUUCUCAUCAGCAAGCAAGAUUCCUCCAAGUCCAUCUAGAACACCCCCAGCUCGGCAACGUCGCUGCCCUCGAGUCAUGGCGAAGAUUUGCCAAACAGAAAGCUUCAAACUGCCGCCGUAAAAGACGCCGCAGCAUCGGUGUGACUCGAAGGCAGCGGUGCGGCGUGUGAUUGACAGCGGUCUCAACCAAUCACAGGCCGCGUAGCAUCCAGACACACCUGGUGUCAAAGAGAUCCCAUCGGCUCUUGACAUCAGGUGACAUUUUAUUCUCCGUUUUACCGUUUGUGUCCGCGUCCUCGCUCGUCUUUCGCCCCCACAAAGCGGCUCCUGCUGGUGGUGCACCGUACUCGCUGUGGUCGUUUCCUGCUGGCAGGUGACGGGAGGAGUUGUGUCCGUGUGAGCGUUGUCUUGUCUCGCUGGCACACGAGGGACACGUCCUGCUCGCUUGGAAGUGAAAAUGGAGAGUUUGUGUAAAGAGAAAUGUUAUUUGCACAGCAUUCCCAGAAUGCAGCCCCGUUGUGUGUUUUUUGUCCUGUACUUCUCAAAUGGAAGCACUACUUCUUUACGAAUAGAAAUAUAAAUAAAUAUAUAUUCUGUAAAUACAAACACCCGAUGGACGAAUGUCAGAAAUGUUUUAAAUUAUUCCACGUGUGGCCCCUUUUUUGCUUCCUGAUAUUUGUGGCACCCUGAGAUUGUUUUUCUAUUAUGAUGCUGAACUAUCACAUCCAUGACUUACUGUAGUGUGUUUCUACUCACCAAACUGUACAAAGCAGCUGUAGUCGUUAGUGUGUGAUCUGAUCCUGCUCGUCCUCUGUGAUGGAAAAAAAAAAAUACUUACAAAAAAAAAAAACAGGCUUGCAUGUUACAACAUAGCAACAAUAACACAAUGUAUUGUUUCUAUUAUUUGUGCCAUAAAAAGAAGCAGCAAUAAUAAAAGUUUGUGUGGACGAUCGACA